UGGAGGGAAAUGUUUGAAAUUCAAGCUCUUUUGGCAUGCAAAAUUGGCUACAUUACAUUAUAACCAGAAAUGCCUAAAGCAAAAUCAAAGAAGAGCAAGACCAAGCGUCGCCAUGAAAGCAGUAGCAGCAGCAGCUAUGAUGAUUCUAGUGAAUCUUACUCCAGCUCAGCCACUGAUUCAGAGGAUGAUUACAGAGUAAGAAAGAAACAGAAAUCUGACAACUCUUCUAAAAAGCAACAGAAGAAGGAUAAGAAGAAAGCAGAGAAGGAAAAGAAGAAGAAAACUAAAAAUAAAAUAAGCAAAGAAGAUUACUACAGCAAGAGUAAAGAAUUCAGAGUUUGGCUCAUGGAAGAGAAGAACAAACCGCUAGAUGAACUUUCCUCUAAGAAAUCAAAGGCAUAUUUCAAAAAGUUUGUCAAAAAAUGGAACUCUGGCAAAUUACUGAAGAAAUAUUACAAAGGGAUUGACUUUGCCGAUGAGAAAGCUUCAUUAACAAAAUACAAAUGGAAGUUUUCAGGUGUUGGUCACCAACCACUAUCACGUGACUUGGAUGGUAGUAUCAGUAUGUCACCCUUCAAGACUCCACAGCCGACCAGAUUCUCUACAUUUGGGAAGAGCGCCCUCAAUGAUGCUGCUGGCAGCAAGAGUGUGCCACCCGAUGCAAAGUUCAUUGGCCCUAGUCGACCUCCACCAAUAUCGCAAGUUGAGAGGGAAAACAACCAAGAAGCAGAACGAAAGCGGUUGCAGAAAGAGAGGAAAGAUUUCAAGAGCUACAAUAAAAUGGUAAUGGACGAAUUGGCGCCCAAGGCUACCGGUCACGAGGCCAAGAUGGAGAGGAAAUACAUCCGAGCUCAUGAGAGGAGAGAGAGGGAAUCUAGUCCAGGACUAGGCGUGGAGAACAAGUCUAUUAUGGGUGGACCGAGCUAUGAUGAUGUGAUGGAGAGGAGGAGGAGAAAGGCAGAGGAUAAGAAGGAUAACAUGAUGCAUAAGGCAAACAUGAAAUUAACAGAAUAUCAGUUGAAAGAACAAGCUAAGAUGAAGGCUCUCUUCGACAUGGCCAAGGCUAACAAGAAUGAGAACUCCCUUUGGAAAUGAAGAGACCGGAACAAACUAGGUGGGUGUUUCAUAAAGCUGUUCGUAAGUUAAGAGCGACUUUAAGAACGACUGGUGAACCUUUCUUACAAGCUAAAUAAUCACCAUUGAGCAUUUAAUGGUGAAUAUCAUUUACCACAAGAAAGGUUCACCAGUCGUUCUUAAAGUCACUCUCAACUUACGAACAGCUGUAUGAAAUGCCCCCCAGGAGGGUAAGUCACCACUUGAUCCAGUACUUCCCAUUUCAUGUCAUCCCAUAUCUAAGACCUAACCCCAUUAUACCAGUGCAAUAUGCACCUAUGUACUGUGUACGCAUGUAUCCCAUCACUAAAACUGUAUCUAGUACAGGGGAAAAAAUACAUGGGAGUGUUGAGCGAUUUCGCUCAUGACGGCUUUGAGGUCACGCACAUGCACUAGAAACAAAAUUAAUAAAAUUGCAGCUAAUGAACCAGUCCAUACAUGUACCUGUAUACAAACCACAUAUCCGUUACUGUAUUGAUUUUUGCUCCCUUUGAAUUUAAGUCACGCUUGUACAUCCAAUAGAGAGAGCAAUAAAAAAGAGUAAAUUUACAUCGAAUCAACCAGUCCAUGAUUGUAUCACAAUGCAGUACAUGCUCCACACAAACUGCGUAACUGUCACUGUAUUGAUGGUGUGUAAGAUCCAUGCAAAGCAAAGCAAUUUGAACCUGAAAAUGAUUCUUGAAAACAUUUUACCAGUUGUGGAGCAUAGAAUCAUGUUGAACUUAUGAACAGCUUUAUAAAAUACCACCCUGUGUACUAGUCCUUGUAGAAAUGUGUCAUCCUUUCAACAAUGAUCAUGACUUAGGUACUUCACAAAGGAGAGUAAGACAAUGGAUGUUCACAAAGGUUGAUUACUUUACAGAAUCGCCAUCUGUAAGAUGUUUGUAUACUACAUGUAUUUUUAUAUUAUGCUGCAUUAUUUACCUUUUUCUAAGUUUAUCUGAAGCUAGCUGACUGACAAAGGAAAUUUUCCACAUAGUUGUGAUCAGUUUAAAUGUAUUAGGAAUAAAAAUAUUUUAGAAUUUCUAUGAAAUAUAUUCUUCAAGGUUUCAACAGAAUGCACCAAAUUUUCAUUUAGCGAUAGAAUGAGAAUGCAGAGUUUUAUAGAUGUCUAUGAGGCUUGUUGAUGGAAGAUUUUGUGGUUGUCACAUGAUCUCCUUACAUAAGGUACUCUUGAUAUGAUCGUCUUCAAACCUGAUUCAGAGAAUUGCUUAAAGUGUGAGAAAGGUUAAUAACGGGCGUCUGAGAUGUCUGCAAUUUGUGCACAGUGGCAUUUUCCUGUCUGAUUAUAUUUCAUGCAUGCUGUCAAAAUGAUGGGAGUAGGAUUUUAUGGUGAGUUAGGAUAUUUAAUUCUUUGUCAAGACAAUUUUGGGACAAGGUUUUUUUUGUGAUUUUUGGGAGUGGUGUGAUUUUGAAAUUAAUCAACUAUCAAGGCCCUGUUACAAAGAACUUAUAUCAUUGAACCUCUAUUACUUGAUGACACCAUGGUAAUUGUGCUCAACGG